AAAUUUUCACUAUGUGAUACCUAAUGCCAUUUACGAUUUCAUACAAGUAAUUUAAGAUUUUCAUUAUCACCGGAAGUAACGUCAUUUUGGCAAAAACUGUAUUUUUAGCUUUCAAAACAGAUAUUUUAUUCAAAUGAGUCUGAGUUGUUAUGUUUUUAAAAUUAUGAUAUUUGAUUCCAAUCAACAAAUAGAAUAAACCCAUACGAUCAUACAGAUUCCAGAAAAUGGUUUCUAACUUGUAUGGUUGCAGAGGAAUUGACGGUUUUCUACAAGUCACUUUUUAAGGUUUUUGGUCUAUAAAAGUGGCAAUUAUUAUUCGAUUUACAUAAAAUUUUCACCAUGUGAUGCCUUAUGCCAUUUCUGAUUUCAUAAAACUAAUUGAAUAUUUUCAUUAUCACCGGAAGUACUGUACACUUACAUGUAACAAAUAUAUAAAAUGAAUUGAUAUUGCUGGAUUUGGUUGAUUCGGCGUCCAUUUUAUUUGAUGUGUGCAAUGAUGAGGUGGAAACCUGUUUAAUGGUUUCAUUGGUACCGGAAGUGACAUAUGUUUAGGGUAACGUGGCACCGGUGAAACCCGUCAUUACUGCAUCGCAGUUUUAGUUUUAACUUUGUAUUUAUGUUUUGGAGGUUUAUUUUCAGCAAAAGUUAGUGAUGUGAUAAAGAAAGAAGGUGGAACAUUAGAAGAAUGUGCUAAAUCUUGUAUAGAUGAAACAACUAUAAAAUGUCGAUAUUUUAAAUUUAUUAACAGUACUAAAAUCUGUUUAAUGUCAGCUAUAGAUCACCCUAACCUUAAAGAAUAUUUUCAAGAUGAAACAAUUUCGGGAACUUCAGACCAAAACUAUAACUCGAGAGAUAAGGUUAACAGAGAAAUGAGAAAGAUUGUGACCGUUACGAAGGAAGCAUAUGAAAAACAAAAAUUACGACUGGAGAAAUUAGUGGAGAGUAUAUCAAAACUUGAAAAGGAAUAUAACAAGAUAAAGACUUUGAAAGCGAACCUGGGUGAAAUAACACAACAACUAAAGUUUGAAGAGAAAGAAAAACAACACGAGAUGAAAAGAUUACAUGAUGACCGAACUAAUAGUAACCGAGCACAAAAACUUCUGGCAACAAAACUACGUGAAGUCGCCUUACAGUCCAGUCGUGUUAAAUCGGAGUUAAGGAACAUAAAAGAUACACAGAGAACGUUUAGUACAGAAAUAGAAGCUUUAAGAAAAGCUGAAAAUGAUAUGUAUGGUAAUGUUGUUCAAAUUAACCGUAAGACAACGAAUCUUGGCAGUGAGUUGGGAAAUAUCAAAAAUAUGGAUAGCGAUAUAAAGAAUGAACUACUAGAAAUGGGUAGAAAUAGUCAUAAAACAGACAUGCAGAUAGAGAAACUACGUAAAGAUAUUAUUACUCGUAAAGAAGAAGAACUUUCGUUGAAACCGGAAGUUGCUGGUGUUGAGAAGAACCAGAAGACCCUGGCUAAAGCUUUACAAGCGAUCGCUCAUAAAGUAGAGAAACUGGGAGAAUAUUUAUCAGGGUUUGAGAAGACUGUGGACACCUUCUCACAGAAGAUGACCACAAAGAUAGAAGAUGAGAAGGAACUAGCGGAAGCUGUUAAAAGUAUCACGACGGCAAUGAAAGAAAUGAGAAUUGAUGUUAAUAAACUUCUUAAUCCACAGUCGUCGUUAAAUAUGGAGAGAUCUCAAGGUUUAUUGAAGAUGAAGAGUGAUGUUAGUCUAUUAUCUAGUGCUCUACAUCAACUACAACAGGAUAAUAAAGGAGAGAAGAUGGAUAUGACUAAUCUAGUUAGAGAUCUAGCUAAUGUACAACUCUCUAGUCAAGAUAUGAAGAAUCAACUUGGUAUUGUAGCUAGAGCCAGUAAACAACUACAAGCAAUGACAAAUUCUAUACAAGAAGCAGAGAGGCAGAAACCAAGCGUUGUUGAAGUGGCUCAGAUGCACAAAAGAGUUUUAGUAGCAUUGAAAGCUAUGGAGAAUAAAGAAGCACAUCUUUUAGAUAAAGUGGAGCAAUAUCAACAAGCAGUGAAUCAGAUAGCAACCAGAGUUAGAGACGCACAGGAAGGAAACUCGAAAAUACAGAGAGCCCAGUUUCGAUAUGACGAGUCUAUUAAACAAAUGGCAAAUAAACUUAUUGCCUUAAAUUCCAAAGUUGAGGGUCUAAAACUGCCAUUGAAGUUCAAUGAAGGUAAAGGUGGUUUAAAAUCCAAAGUAUUAAUAGACAAAUUGGUAGAUUUCAAGGACGAAUUACAUCAGUUAGAGGGAGCAGUUGCUAAAUUGAAACAUGUUUCCCCUGUGCUGAAACCCAUUAUAGUGCCAGAGACAGAGAGCAAGCCCUUGGAAAUAUCCCCUGUGCCGAAACCCAUUAUAGUGCCAGAGACAGAGAGCAAGCCCACACUAAUAUCCCCUGUGUCGAAACCCAUUAUAGUGCCAGAGACAGAGAGCAAGCCCACAGAAAUAUCCCCUGCGUUGAAACACAUUAUAGUGCCAGAGACAGAGAUCAAGUCCCCAGAAAUACCCCCUGUGCUGAAACCCAUUAUAGUGCCAGAGACAGAUAGCAAGUCCCCAGAAUUAUCUACAAUUGUUAAAGAAACUUAUAAAAGGAAAGAACAGGAGCUUCCUACACCAAAAAAAGUAAAACGUCCGCUCGAUUUGUCAAAACCUCAGAAACCACAAGGAAUACCACAAUCUAGCUUAGAAACAAUUCCCCAAAUUAACACCGAACCUUUGUCUAAAACCGUUUCAAACCUAUUGAAGAAGCAGAACGUAUCUCUGACGACGGAAGCCAACGAGUUGAAACAGAUGAAACGACUAAAGAAGGGGCGGCGGAGGGGAAGGCGACGAAAGGGAAGGCGUCGGAAGGGAAAUCGGCCGAGAAAAGGGAAACGUAGAAGGAGGCGUAAAUUAACACCCGAACAGAAAUUAAAAAGAGCAGCACUUAAAUUAACAAGAAAAGGAAAACGUAAAUUUGGAAGAAAAGGUAAAUUAGGAAAACGGCGUCGACGAAGAGGUAAAUUAGGAAAACGAAGACAAAGACGUAAAUUGCGUGAUGUGGUGGAAGAACAAUUGUCAAAAGAGGGUGUUAAACCAUUAAUAGCCAAAAAAAUGAGUGACGUGGUGAUAUAAAAGAUGCCAGAUAUGUUUUCAAUGUAUUACGUAAUAACAGUAAUUUUUGUUACAAUUUGUAAAAAUAAUACUUUUUCGAGAUUAGAAGUCUGGGAGUGAAGUAAAGCCAUGUAAAAUAACUCAAAAACUUGUUUUGAAACCUUUGAUUAGGGUUUUAUAACGUGGAAGUAUCAGUGAAUUUGUUGUGAUCUUGAAUAUAUGA